AAUAGCAGCAGAGCCGAGCCGGAGCUGGCGCCAGCGGCUGGAGCAGCAAGGAAGUCAGGGGCAGGGCCGGGGACCGGAGACUGGAGAGAGAAGACCCCACGAAGAGCCCAGGUGACAUGUCGGACCCAGAGAUGGGAUGGGUUCCUGAGCCCACAGCCAUGACCCUGGGAGCCUCUCGAGUGGAGCUGCGGGUGUCCUGUCACGGCCUCCUGGACCGAGACACGCUCACUAAGCCGCAUCCGUGUGUGCUGCUCAAACUCUACUCUGACGAGCAGUGGGUGGAGGUGGAGCGCACAGAGGUGCUUCGAUCCUGUUCCAGCCCUGUCUUCUCCAGGGUGCUGGCCGUUGAAUACUUUUUUGAAGAGAAGCAGCCUUUGCAGUUCCACGUGUUCGAUGCUGAGGAUGGAGCCACCAGCCCUAGCAGCGACACCUUCCUCGGGUCUACAGAAUGCACCUUGGGCCAGAUUGUGUCACAAACCAAGGUCACUAAACCAUUACUGCUGAAGAAUGGGAAGACGGCAGGCAAGUCUACUAUUACGAUUGUGGCUGAGGAGGUAUCAGGUACCAACGACUAUGUGCAACUAACCUUCAGAGCCCACAAGCUGGAUAACAAGGAUCUGUUCAGCAAGUCCGAUCCCUUCAUGGAGAUCUAUAAGACCAAUGGAGACCAGAGUGACCAGCUGGUCUGGAGGACUGAGGUGGUGAAAAACAACCUGAACCCCAGCUGGGAACCAUUCCGCCUGUCCUUGCACUCUCUGUGCAGCUGUGACAUCCACAGGCCACUCAAGUUCCUGGUCUAUGACUACGAUUCCAGUGGGAAGCAUGACUUCAUCGGCGAGUUCACCAGCACAUUCCAGGAAAUGCAGGAAGGGACAGCAAACCCUGGGCAGGAGAUGCAGUGGGAUUGCAUCAACCCCAAGUACCGGGACAAGAAGAAGAAUUACAAGAGCUCAGGGACGGUCGUGCUGGCCCAGUGCACCGUGGAGAAAGUCCACACCUUCCUGGAUUAUAUCAUGGGUGGCUGCCAGAUCAGCUUCACGGUGGCGAUCGACUUCACCGCCUCCAAUGGGGACCCGAGGAGCAGCCAGUCUCUGCACUGCCUCAGCCCCCGACAGCCCAACCACUACCUGCAGGCCUUGCGCACGGUGGGAGGCAUCUGCCAGGACUAUGACAGUGAUAAGCGGUUCCCAGCUUUUGGCUUCGGAGCUCGAAUUCCCCCAAACUUUGAGGUCUCCCAUGACUUUGCUAUCAACUUUGACCCAGAAAAUCCUGAAUGUGAAGAGAUCUCGGGGGUCAUAGCCUCCUACCGUCGCUGCUUGCCUCAGAUCCAGCUCUACGGUCCAACCAACGUGGCCCCCAUCAUCAACCGUGUGGCUGAGCCAGCCCAGCGGGAGCAGAGCACUGGCCAAGCCACGAAGUAUUCAGUACUGCUGGUGCUCACCGAUGGCGUGGUGAGCGACAUGGCCGAGACCCGAACAGCCAUUGUGCGAGCCUCCCGCCUGCCCAUGUCCAUCAUCAUCGUGGGCGUGGGCAAUGCUGACUUCUCCGACAUGCGGCUACUGGACGGAGAUGAUGGUCCCCUGCGUUGCCCAAAGGGGGUACCUGCAGCCCGUGACAUUGUCCAGUUUGUGCCCUUCAGGGACUUCAAGGAUGCCGCCCCCUCGGCGCUGGCUAAGUGUGUCCUGGCGGAGGUGCCACGGCAGGUGGUGGAGUACUAUGCCAGCCAAGGUAUCAGUCCAGGGGCUCCUAGGCUCUCCACGCCGGCUGUGACCCCCAGCCCCAGCCCAUGA